CCCGUUCCUCACGUGCAGGCGGCGCCGCGCGCGCGCCCGGCCGGUCUUGAGGAGGCGCGUCGGCUGGCAGCGGGCGCCCUUUGCUAUAUCUCGGCCCUCCCAGAGGCUCCGCGGCUCACAAGCUCCGGGUUGGCCGGCCAGGAUCGCAGGAAGCCUCCGCUGGAGCCUCUCUCUGUGUGUCUCUGUCUCCGUCUCUCCGCGCUUGAAACGCCGGCCGUUUUUUCUUCCCCCCCCCCUGCUCGCUCCCUUCCUUUCGGGCAAAGAGCCCCGCAAGUCUUCACCCCCUCCGGGCUCCCUGGGCCAAGAUGCGAGCCGCCUUCCCCGCCUGCCUGCUGGCCCUGCUGGCCUGGGCCGCCUUGAGCGAAGGCCGCGUGGUGGGCGACGGCCAGGCGGGCUUCGGCGAGUGCGACGCCUUCUUCUACGGGCAGGUGCCCCCCGCGGGCUUCCCGGCCGAGCAGGUGGCCAAGAUCUGCCAGAAGUACCGCGGGGAGCCGCGCUUCGCCACCCUCUACAGCACGCGGGACAAGAUCCCGCUUUUCGCCGCCUUCCGAUACACCCCAGGGGAGCCCGCCGGCCAGGAGGAGGAGGAGGAGGAGGCUCGGUGGCUGGUAGAGCCGCAGAUUGAUGACCCUGGAAACGAUCAGGAAGAAAUGAUGCCCGAAGCUGAGAUUGCAGAGUCAUUGGAACAUCUGGGUAGGAACCAGGCUCUCAUGGCAGAUUAUGUAGACUCUGGAUAUGAGCGGGGGAACCUGAAUCCCAGCUGUCUUCAUAAGGAUGAUCACCAUGUGGCCACCCACACGCUGACCAACGCCGUGCCACUCUCCCCUCCUUUCCAGGAACUUUGGCACUGGGAAGUCGAGCAGCUUGUCAGCCACAGUUUGGCUCCUAACUGUCAAAAUGGGAAAGACCUCCAUCUCCUCACCGGAGCCUUGCCUUCCUCUCUCAAAGUAAAGGACAAAAUGGCGGUUCCCAAAUCUGUCUGGCUGGCAGCUUGCUGUGACAACGGUGCCGAGACCUGGUCGGUGGGAUUUAUCAAAGAGGCCGAUGUCGAGAGUCGUCUGGAAGACCUAACGGUAGAAGCCCUUGAGAAGAAGCUUCCUGCUGGAGCUGAGCUCUUCAAGAACCACUGUGGUCAAGACAGACAGGAUCCCAAGAAGCUGGAGACCGUGUUGCGCUCGGUGAAGGAGGUCCAGGCGAAGAAACCAGACAAACCGUGUGCGAAAAAGCCCACUCAAAGUAAGCACACUCAGACCGCCAAGGAGGAGAGUGGUUUUCUGAAGAACCUUUGCCAUUUCGUUGUUAGCCCUAUCUGGAAACUGGUUAAAUUCGUUUGCUACCUGAUUUGCCAACUUGUGAAAGGUGUGUGGUGUUUGCUAAAAUGCAUUGUCCAGAAGAUUUUCUGUGGAAUCUGCACCUUCAUCAAAGGGAUAACCAUCGCUCUUCUGGAUAUCUUUAUCUGCCUGGCCCGAGUGGGUGUCAGCAUCUUGAAUGGUAUUGCGAAAAACAUCUACAACGUUCUCAUGGUGACCUACAGGAUUCUUAGCGUCCCCGUGAAUCUGAUCCUGGAUAUUGUCUCUUUCCCUUUUUACACCCUGGGUGCCAUUCCUGGUGUGCUCAAAGAUAUUGCUUCAGGCAUUGGGGGCGCAUUCUUAUUGGUCAUUGAUGCUACCACAAGUUUGGUGAAGGGCCUAAACCAUGUUGUGUCUUUCCUAGCGAGCAAGAUUCUUCCCACGACUGUUUUUUAAGACUGACUCCAGAGAUUAUCUUCCAGAGCAAUACUUGUCUUCUCUUAUUGCUUAUCUUCAGCUAUUCUUAUACGUAUUUAUUGUGGGGACAUUUCCAGUGAUGAACCGAUGUUCUGGUAACAUGGGUGAGCUACCCAAAACCUGAAAUGGGAAUUUAAUGGCAAAUUAAAAUUGCACUUAUUGUAAAA